UAAUUGGAUUAUUCUUUAAAAAAAAAAUAUUAAUUGGUUUAUUCAAUCAAUAUAAGAACAUACGCCGGUGAGACCACGCGAAUUUAUGUUUUCCCGUUGUACCUUGAUUUCAUUCGUUCUUCUCUUGCCCUGGUUAGAACCAGAGACCACUAGCAGUCCAGCCCCCGAAGUUUUCUUGGCCAUCCACCGUCAUCAUCCUCCUCCUUCGCGGCACCGCCGCUACCAUCAUCUUCAUUUCCAUUUUCAACCUUCUUUACCACCAUUCUCCACUUUCGCUACUGUCUCAAUGAAAAAACUUGAUCCUUAAUUUUACUGUUAAUGUACUUUUGCUUCAUGUGCUAUUGUUUCAUGAACCUCUAAUUUCUUUCACUGGAUUUUCUCGAAGUCGAUUUCUGUUAUUAAUGAUGUUGCGAUCAGUGGUUCGGCAUGUGUUACGUCGUAGCUCGGAGAUCAGCGUGGUUAGAUGCCAAUCCCCGAAACUAUAUUUCUGUACAAUGCCCCAAGCUGAGGGUCGAAACAAGGUGACAUCUAAUGAACAUGGGAGGGGAAAUGGCAAUGAACAAAAAUUUCUUAUAGGACAACAUAUUACAAGGAAAGAGAAGACCAAAUUUCUUAUCAAGACGCUUUUUGAUCUGGAAGAUAGUAAAGAAGCUAUCUAUGGCACACUUGACGCUUGGGUGGCUUGGGAGCAGGAUUUUCCAAUCGCUGCACUCAAGAAUGUAAUGCUGGUUCUUGAAAAAAACCAACAGUGGCACAGAGUUAUACAGGUAAUAAAAUGGAUGCUAAGCAAAGGUCAAGGCAACACAAUAGGAACAUACAAGCAGCUGAUACGAGCUUUAGAUAUGGACCACCGAGCCGAGGAAGCUCAUAAUUUUUGGAUGAGAAAGAUUGGUAAUGAUCUUCAUUCAGUGCCAUGGCAAGCAUGCCAUCUCAUGAUUUCAAUCUAUCAUCGAAACAAUAUGUUGGAUCGUCUAGUCAAGCUUUUCAAAAGCCUGGAGGCUUUUGAUCGUAAACCUCCAGAGAAGUCAAUAGUGCAGAAAGUGGCAGAUGCAUAUGAAUUGUUGGGCAUGGUGGAUGACAAAGAGAAAUUAUUGGACAAGUAUGCUGAUCUUCUGAGUAGAACUUGUGAAGAAUCCAGAAGGAAAUCAAAUACGGUUCCAUUCAAAAAGAAAGUCGGGGCGAAAGGGAAAAUCGGGUCCAAACAGAAGGAAACUUCAUCAGAGAGGAAAAGAAAUCUCAGUGAUGGUGUGAAAGAAUGAAUGAUAUAGGUUACUGUUGUUAGUGCUGUUCAAGUUUUUAGCGUUGCAGGGUGCGAGCUUUAUGUUAAUCAAUCCAAGAUGGUUAGUUUUGCUGAUUAUUUACCUGUAAUCCCAAUGGUUUUUCGAGGUAUUAAGAAGGAAAAGCUAACUCCUCUGUUCUUUUGUUUGUGGAAUAUGCCCUGCAUACCAUCCGACAAUGAUGUUGCCAUUUUGGAACAACCACCCCAGCACCAACAACGCCAGCCGAGGAUAUAUUUUUAUUUUUUUUUCCGGAAGUUAUCAAAUAAAUUAAUGUGUCAAUUGUUAUUAAUGUUUGUGAAUACAUUUAAGUUUCAUUUUAAUUUAAUUUGGUACCUUAUUUUUUCACUUUGUAUAAGACGGUUUCAUUGAGAGAUGCAUCUCAUAUAUGGGUUAAAUUGUUCAUCUAAUAAUAUUGCUUGUUGAAGGUGUCUCAUCGAGAGAUGUUUUCUCACAAGAGUAACUCUUUUUUUUUUCUUAGAAAAUUACGACAAAGUAGGAUUGAAAUUAUGAACCUGAAAAAAUGU